CUACUACCACACUCUCGCUCUUGGGCCAUCGUGUCUGCUCCGUGACUUGAGUUAAACUUUAAAUUAAAGGCGAAAUCAUGUCUUAACUAAGAGGAUGGACCAGAAAAUAACGUUAAAGAGAGCCCUACUUAUUCUCGCCGUUAGCAUUCACUGGGCAUCUGGAGGCUGUCCUAAGGCCAAUCAUAGUAAAAGAAGUGCAGAUGAAGGAAGUAACUGUGCAGAAUCUGGUUCCCAUUCUCUGCAUUACUUCUACACUGCAGUCACACCAGGAAUAAAUUUCCCAGAGUACACUGCUGUUGGUCUGGUGGAUGGUGAGCAGUUUAUGUAUUAUGACAGUAACAUCAGGAAAACGAUCCCAAAGACAGCGUGGAUAAAGAAGGUUGAUGCUGAAGAUCCAGACUACUGGAACAGAAACACACAGAAUUCAAAGGGUUCUCAGGAGAGCUUCAAAGUCAACAUUGGUACAUUAAUGGAACGCUUCAAUCAGACUAAAGGGGUUCACACUGUGCAGUUGAUGUACGGCUGUGAGCUGCAUGAUGAUGGAACCAAGAGAGGAUACGAACAGUACAGCUAUGAUGGAGAAGACUUCAUCAGUCUGGACCUGAACACCCUCACCUGGACUGCAGCUAAUGAUAAAGCUGUUAUUACCAAACACAAGUUGGACAUUACUGAGCGAGGAGCUGCGGCUGCCCAGAUUAAGGCCUACCUGGAGAACACCUGUAUCGAGUGGUUACAGAAGUAUGUGGCUUAUGGCAGAGACACUCUGGAAGGGAAAGACCCUCCUGAGGUGACCCUGUUCCAGAAGGACUCCUCUUCUCCAGUGGUGUGUCACGCUACAGGUUUCUUCCCCAGACGAGUGAUGAUCUCCUGGAAGAAGAAUGGAGAGGACCUGCAUGAGAACGUGGAGCUCACAGAAACGUUACCCAACCAGGAUGGAACCUUCCAGAAGAGAAGCAUUCUGACAGUCUCACCUGAGGAUCUGAACAAGAAUAAGUACUCCUGUGUGGUUCAGCAUGGUGGACUGGAGAAGGAUCUUGUGCUUCCAUUUCAGUCAGGAGUGUCGAUUGAUGUCAUUGCUGGUGCAAUUGUAGCUGUCCUUCUCCUGGUCCUCAUUGGCUGUGUUGUUUUCUUCAUCUGGAGGAAGAAGAAGAAUGACUUCAAGCCUGUUGCAGGUACGCCUGUUUUACAGGGUCUGAUGGAGAAUCAUCGUCCACCAGCUCACACGAAGGCCAACCACCUAAAUACUGAGAGGAGAGAAUGAUGAAGGGAAAGAUGGUGGAAGAAUACAGAGGAAAAGCAUGAAACAGGCCUGAAGGGAUCAGUCAAACAGCAAUUAAAUUACAUGUCUGCAGAUAUUUCCUUUCCAUUAGCUCUGUAGUUCUCCAGCAUUCAUCACACCUGUCAUAUUAGGGGAAACUUGAGUUUAAUAGUGCUGUGCUUAAACCUUUGAUUUUGGAACUGU